AUGGAAAACUAUACCAUGGAGUUACUUGACUUGCCGCUGACAACAGAAUUUGACUACAGCGAUUCAGCACCAUGCAUGGGAACUGAGGAAAAGCACUUUGCAGCAAAACUUUUGCCACCGCUUUAUUCUUUGGUGGUGAUAUUUGGCCUCAUAGGCAACAUGCUCGUUAUCCUUAUCCUGGUAAAAUACAAGAGAUUGAAGAGUAUGACUGACAUCUACCUGCUCAAUUUGGCAAUUUCUGAUUUGCUGUUUGUAUUUUCUCUCCCUUUUUGGGCUUAUUACGCUGUUUAUGACUGGAUUUUUGGGGAGGCACUGUGUAGAAUUCUCUCAGGUGUCUACCUCCUUGGCUUCUACAGUGGGAUCUUUUUCAUAAUCCUCUUGACCCUAGACAGGUAUCUGGCCAUAGUGCACGCAGUGUUUGCGUUAAAAGCUAGGACAGUUACCUACGGCAUCCUCACCAGCGCUGUCACUUGGGCUGUUGCUAUUUUUGCUUCUGUUCCUGGGAUAGUAUUUCACAAAACUCAAAAGGAAAAUGCACGUUAUACUUGCAGUGCUCAUUAUCCAAGCGAUUCGACAAUAAAUUGGAAGUAUUCCUAUACUUUAAAGAUGAACAUUCUGGGACUUAUUGUUCCAAUGCUUAUUAUGAUUUUCAGUUACUCACAAAUUCUAAAAACAUUACUGAGAUGCAAGAAUGAGAAAAAACAGAAGGCAGUCAGACUUAUUUUUGUGAUCAUGAUUUUUUACUUCAUCUUCUGGACACCAUUCCAUAUUUCUUCUUUUUUGCAUACUUUUCAAAGUUCACUUUUUGACCCUAAUUGUGAAAUCAAAGGUCAACUGGAGAAAGCAAUCCAAGUGACAGAAACAAUAUCAAUGAUUCAUUGUUGUAUCAAUCCUGUGAUCUACGCAUUCGUUGGAGAAAAAUUUAGGAAAUAUCUUUAUGCCUUUUUCCGAAAGCACGUUGCAGCCCACCUCUGCAAAAAAUGUCCAAAUCUUUAUCGUGAAAAAUCAGAAAGAAUUAGUUCCACAUUCACACCAUCCACUGCAGAGCAUGACAUCUCUACUGGACUGUAAAAAUAUAUAAAAACAUUAGUUAGUAAAUGUUGCAUCAUGCGCUUUGCCUUAAGGACUGCUUGACAUUAUUUAAGAUCUUUAUGUCAACCACUACUGAAAACUGUAUAUGCCUCAAUUCUUGUGGUUAACUGUUCCCUGGGGUUACAGCAUUUUCCAUUCUUAAACUAAGAGAAUCUGUGAGUUCUCCAGGAAACAUUAACACCAUAGCUGGAUCACAUCGACAUUUGAAUGGGGCCCAGAAUAGUAUGAUUCUGUUUCUUGACCCAAAUUCUAUCCAGUGAAUGAAUGCUAGUGAGAUUUACCUGGGAGGAAUACAAUAUUGAAGAGACCAAGGAGUCAUAUGUCAUCUCACAAGAGCCAUUUACUGUUAUGUGAACAUUUUAAGACAAACACUGGGAGGAAGCUUUGAGGAUUGAUGUCACUUCCAAAAGGUGUUCCAUUAACGUUGAAUACUAAACAGGCACAUCAAUCCUCAAUGCUUCCUCCCAAUGGUCAGGCAUUUGGUGGGGGGUGUGUAUGUUUAGUUUUCUUUACUUUUUUCCCCCUACCCCUUAUUUUCCCUACAUUAAUAAAAGAUGUUUCCAUAAAAAGGAAUUUGUGGAUGACUAUGAGAUAUAUCAACAUAAUAUCUCUCCUCUGAUGGGAGAAUUGACUGAUCUUUAUCUUACCGGGCCAUUUAAUCCAAGAAUUUAUCUGUUAUCUAAUAGUGUAGUCAUUUUUAAACAUAAUCCUUUUGACUAUAGGCUAAGUUAUACUAUUUUGAGUUUAGUUCUUUAAGUCUAUGCCUGCCAUAUCACUGUUCCGUUGCUAACAUUUUCCAAAGUGGGAUUUUGAUGGGUGACAUUGUGAUCUUUGUGGGUGCAAUUUUGCAAGUAACUGCACAUACCAAGUCUACUAACUGCACAAGACAAUGUUCCCAAAAACAUGAGCUUGUUUCUGACAAAUUAUAUCCCGCCAAGGAAAAUGGCACUUAACCAAUAAAAGCACAUCAGCAAAGAUCUGCAAGGCCAGAAUGAAAAUUACACUGGUAUUCAGUAUGCAAGAUUCUGUAUGAAAAAAAAUAUCAGGACUCUCUAAAAGAUUUUGGAGACUAUCAGCACAGUAUGGAGCAGAGGCCUCCUUAGUUCUGGACAGGUAAAUUGUGUGUGUAGAGGAAGACUUUACAUGUCAAAGGCAGUAAGUGUGUCAGGCUAGGCUCCUGCAUGAGAAAAACAUGCUCUUCACAUAUACAGUAAGUCUGAUGUUUGGGAUACACUUCUAGGCAGACAGUAGCCUUGGAACUGUAAAGGUAGCCACCUGCAGAGGAGACAUACCCACUUUGUCUUCCCAGGAGAAGAGUGCCCAUAGCCAGCUGAUGCCUCAAUCAGAACUGCAUGCUAAUUGAAGACUCGAGACUGUUACUCUACUGGUGUCACAUGGCCAUACAUUUAUGCCAUUAUUAGGAGUUUCCCUGUAAAAGGGAAUUCUAGGUGGUAUUCUAGGGAUGGUAUUCUAGGGAUGUGAUGUUAGCAAAGAAGAGGAGGGAGGGGCAUAAUGGAGAACUUCUUGCUUCAAACUGUAAGGAAGUGCAGGUGAGCAUUCCUUAUGCAAGUGAACUGUCCUUCUGCUUUUUUUCCCAUUUACUUCAAAGGGCACUGCUCAUGCCUGUAAAGCCUUGCUCAUGGAAAUCUGGAGGGGCAGGUUCAGCUAGCCUCCAGGUAACCUAAGGACACAAGAGAGGAUUAUUGCACACUACUUAACAUGAGGCACAUGACUCAGAUGCCUAAAUUAACAGCAAAUCUCUUCAAGGUCCCUCAGUGGUCAGCAGAGAAAAAGAGAUGCCUGAGUCAGAAGCAGACAUAAGACUUAAAUGGCUUCUGGGGAAGAUUAUCUAUUCAACUGUAGAAGCAGCCUGGAAAUGACAGCCUCUUAAUUUAGGUAUCAGAUGCCUUAAUCUAGGUGGUGCAAAUACUCUUCCGCCUCUAGCUUUAUAACAUCAAGGCGCUGCUUCUAUUAGUUGUUAGCUAUUAUCCUAUCAACUAUUAUAAUCUGGCCACUAUCUUGUGACGUUAAUAGCCACAGAUAGACUAAAGAAAAGACUAAAAAUUAUCCUUACAGUAAACUUCCUUGGUUGGAAAUAAUAUUUUUUUCUUUUUUAUGUACUUUUCCACUGCAUUAAAGUGAAAGCACCUUUUUAAUACUAAAGCAUAAACCAGUUCAGUGUGAUACAAAUCCUGUUGUAACUGUGAUAUUUCUACUACUGUGUUUUAUUUAAAAUUCUUUUCUUGUUGGAAUUCUGUUUCUUCCUGGUUUCAUGUUAAUGCAGUGAAAUUAAUAAAAUCUGU